AUGAAUAGAGAGAGUGUCCUAGACCUAACCUUUGCUACAACACCGCUAGCAAACCUUAUAGAAGACUGGCAAACGCUAGGUGGAAUUGGCUCUGACCACCUAGGCAUCUUAUUCACAAUAAGGACGCCUAGAACACAGCAACUUAACAAACCUGCUCCUAGGUUUAACACUAAGAAAGCAAACUGGAACCUAUUUAGCAAAGUGCUAGCAAAGGAGAUAGCAAACAGCUCUGCUCUUAGCAACGCAAGCACUCUAAACUACUCUACGAGCAGAUCUCUAGCACUUCUCCAAGGAGAAGACCAGGACCUAGAAGAGCAGCUAGAAACACUGGGGAAAGAGCUUACUAUAUCUAUAACUAAAGCAGCUAAGGCAGCAAUUCCACAAUGCUCUACCACUGCAAAAAGCAAGCCCUGGUGGAAUCAAGACCUUAAAGCACUUAGGACAAGCAUGCUCAGCAAACAACGCCAACUGCAGAGAGAACUUGCUUUUAGCCUAACAAGUGCCUACACCUGGAAAAGAGAAUAUCUAAUAGCUAGAAACACAAGGUAUAGUGCUGUUAAAAUAGCUAAACGCGACCAUUGGAACCAAUUCCUAGAGAGAGAGGACCCUAAAUCAAUCUUUAAAGCUAUGGCUUAUACUAGAACUACUUAUAGCCAGAAUAUACCUGCUAUCCAAGGCCUAAGGGGAAUAGAGGAAUCUUUUCAAGGCAAAUGCUCUGCACUAAGAGAAACUCUCUUCCCCAGCCCUCCUGCCUCUAGGCCUAUAGAGUGGGACAACUACCAACCAAGC